AUGGGUGCGUUGCAUGGGAGGGUGACAGGCCAUCGUGACAGCACUUACCACACCGCGAGUAAGAACGACAAGAUGGCCAGGCUUCGUGGCGGCGACGACUCUCACAACCCAAGUGGUGGCUUUAAGGGCACCUGGCAACCCAUUGCUGACGGCUUGUCGAUUGGCGUAAACGCUUGCGAUUCGACUCGUACCACAUCGUCGUCCGGGACGCUGAGAGGCGCUGCAGUGGGUAUGGCAGGCAACGCCUUUGACUUCAAUUCUACUCAGCCUCUGCCAUGGCGUGAAGAGGCUCGACGGAAUGAUCAUUACGAGCCGCAGCCCGGGUCCGGGCCACCUCGUCAGACCGAACUCCAGGUUCGGAAGUUCGCCGGUUGCCACGAUCGAGAGCUCUCUGCAUACCUGAACGCGAGGAAUAUUUCCAUCGGCUUCCUCUUCGAGAUUGAUCAGUUCUUGCGCAGCCAUCCCGAGAUUGUAACAUGUGCCACUGGUCAGGCAAUGAUACAAAUGAUGAACAGCCUGUCACCCCUCCAAGCCUACCGGUAUUUCAUCAAGGGAUAUACCCGUCCAGCAAGGUACAACGAUGGCAUAAUUGUAGCAGGGAACUUAACACUCCCAGUCGGCUUCUCGCCUGUCUCUCUAAGGAAUAGGCAUGACUCUGAGUUGGAUGACUUCUUCGAAGGCUUCGAGUACCGGUGGGAUAUUCUCGACAAGAUCGACCGUGAAGUCUGUUUCGCCUGCGUCGAGAUAAUUUCUGGGCGUACCGUUCCUUCUGGACUCCGGCGUCUGGUGUGCUAUGCGGCUUGGGGAAACCCGGUCGACGCAUACAAAUGGUUCGAGUAUAAUUAUCAGGAAGAAUACAUGCCCCACAGGUACCUCCCGGAGCAUGUCGUCCUUGGCGAUAUCCCAAAGCCGCAGGACUACACCAUGCCGAACCCGUCUGGUCUCAGUGUGUCACGCACACACAUGCACGUGCGAUACCGUAUGGCGCGCGCCAAUGACGAAGGAGUUGACGUUCUUGACGUGCUCCUCAGCGAAUACCGGGAAGCGCUCGUCAAGAGGGGCAUGAGGCGAAACGAAAUCGAUGAAUCUUGUACGCACGCUAAGGAUCGUCUCGAUGCAGAACGCAUUGACAUCGUCGAUCUGGUCAUGCAGGACGUACCCAGCAGGAGCUUUACACGGCGAGCCGCACCCAGGUCGAGGAGAUAUAAUAUUUGGACAUCAGCUGGCGGGGGUAUCAGGAUUCACAUGUCAAGGAAUAUGGCAACCAGAACCAGAUUUGUCGCGCCGCAGAUUUCGGAGUUGCGCCGGGCAAGGAACAACCUCCACAGGCUGUACACGAUGGAAGAGGACGCUUUCCUUUCAACCACACGACCAGCCGAAGAUGUCGCGGCCAUCACAUAUCGUCGAGGCUGCGCGGAGAGGCGAUACGUGAAUGCGCUCAUCCGUUACAUGCGUGACGCGAACCAGAUGUCAAGUUCAGAGGCAACACAUCUCCAGCACUACUUCACAAGGCAGAAGAUGGAAGGCAUCGGACCGAUAAACAAAGGCUACUUGCUUGGGAUGUAUCCUCGUGAGCUGAACUGA